UGAGUGACAGCGAGGCCGGCGCCUUGAGCCGGCGGGCAGGGACGCGGGCAGGCAGAGGGUGUGAGGACCGAGAGAGGGCAACCGGCCGGAAUAGUGAAAUGAAAUACUAACAGCCGCCGCCGAGACAGCAGCAGCUUCCGCCGUUAUUAUUAUUAUUAUUAUUAUUAUUAUUGAGUUUUCGGUUAGAUAUUCUGUGUGUUGAAAAUGUGACCCGCCUGGUUAAUUUUCAGGGGCGCAUACAGGUAAACCGAAGCGGUGUUUGCGCAGGUGACAGCCCGGGCUGUCCGCUGUGCUACUGUCGCGUUUUUGGACCGCUGCUUGUUUAGUUUGUAUAUUUCUAUCUGUUGUAAACACACGCCACUCGUGUGUGUGUGUGUGUGUGUGUGUGUGUGUGUGUGUGAAGAUGUUUCCCCUGGACUCCUCUUGGAAUAUCUCCUUCGCUGGAUGCGGGUUUCUGGGGAUCUAUCACAUCGGAGUCGCCAGCUGCCUGCGGGAACAUGCCCCGUUCUUAGUGGACAAUGCCAAAAAUAUCUACGGGGCCUCGGCCGGGGCGCUCACCGCUUCUGCCCUGGUCAGCGGAGCCUGCCUGGGAGAGGCUGGGGCGAACAUCAUUGAGGUUUCGAAGGAGGCUCGGAGGCGCUUCCUGGGGCCCCUGCACCCCUCUUUCAACCUGGUGAAGAUCAUCAGGGGCCACCUGUACAAGACCCUACCGGCCGACGCGCACCUGCUGGCCAGCGGCCGCCUGGGCAUCUCCCUGACCCGCGUCUCGGACGGGGAGAAUGUGCUAGUGUCCCAGUUCAACACCAAGGAGGAGCUGGUGCAGGCGUGUGUUUGCAGCGCGUUCAUCCCGGUGUACUGUGGACUGAUUCCUCCAACUCUGCAGGGCGUGAGGUACGUGGACGGAGGGAUCACAGACAACCUUCCACAGUACGAGCUGAAGAACACCAUCACCGUGUCCCCCUUCUCCGGGGAGAGUGACAUCUGCCCUCGAGACCCGUCCACCAACAUCCACGAGCUGAGAGUCACCAACACCAGCAUCCAGUUCACCCUCACCAACCUGUACCGGCUCUCCAAGGCUCUGUUCCCUCCGGACCCCCAGGUGAUGAAGGUCAUGUGCAAGCAGGGCUACAAGGACGGCCUGGAUUUCAUCAGGAGAAACGGGCUGCUGCAGUUCAGACUUCCUGUGCAGGGCCCCUCCUUGCUGAGUGUAGAGGAGGAGGAGGAGGAAGAGGAGGAGGGGGGGAUGAUGGAGGGAGCGAGGCCCAUGGUCGCUGCCAGCUCCAGUAUGGAGGAUCACAUCUUCGAGCACCUGCCUCCUAGACUGCACCAAGCUCUGGUGGAGGCCUGCAGGGAGAGGAGGAGUCUGUUCAGCUCCAUGUCCAACCUGUUACCGAUCAGACUGGCCUCUGCAAUGAUGCUGCCCUGCACCCUGCCGCUGGAGUCUGCUAUGUCCUUCACUGUGAGGUUGCUGGAGUGGCUCCCGGACAUCCCUGAGGAUAUCGAGUGGAUGAAAGAGCAGAGCCGCAACGUGCUUCACUACCUGCUGAGGAGUGCCAAGAAGAGUUUGAGCCAUCACCUCUCAGCCAGGCUGUCCUAUCACCUGGAGCUGCGCCGCUGUCAAUCUCUGCCCCUGCCUGUGGGCUCCGGGGGCUCCGGCGAGCAGCUGCAGGGCUGGGUGCGGAACAGCACCUCCAUGAUGGGCCUGAUUCUCAAGGUGGAGGAGUACCAGCGCCAGCUCCUCCCAGGCCUGCUGUGCAUCAACCUGGACAUGCAGGCCUCGCUGAGCCAUGAGGGGCUGGAGAUGAGACCCCUCCAGCUCUCCCUGCCCCAGGACACAGCCAUGGCUGCCCUUCCGACAGGCACUGCUUAGGACAGGCAUGGUGCCUGCUAGGACCCCUGCUUCUCUUCAGUCAGGCAGUACCCUGGACACCCUGAAUACCUUUUUAAGACCUGUCUUGUCUUCCAACGGGCACUGUCCUCAGAAAACGCUUUAUUCUUCCCUUUGAUAAAAUGUACAAACGGCUCUCGUGUUGGUCUGAAGGAGGCUGAGCUCUUUGUUUAUUUUUAUUCAAGCAGUUUAUUGUAGAUUUUUAGUUUUUUUUGCAGUAUUUUUUCUGUAAGAGAGACGCUCGUCACUAAAGCUGAUCUUUGGAGUUCGGUGAUACUAAAGACUCUCCAGCGAGUAACACAGCAGCAAUGUAAAGAACAAAAUGACUAACAAUAUAACAGCGUGACUAAU